CGCCAAUAAAAUCUCAAAAGAAGAAGAAGAAAACUGAGCGGCCUCUAGGUGAAGAAAAUGGCCGACGUGGGAAUGGACUUACAAAGAGAGAGGCUGAAUAAUGGGAAAGAAGAUUUGGAGAGUCCACAGAAGAGUGGGAAUGAGAAGAGUGAAAUGUCUGAAGAGGAGGAGGAGGGCACGGAGCAAGCUGAGGUAAACGGGGGGAACCUAGACGAAACUUCCAAACAUCACAGUGGCAGCAAACACAAGAAAAAGAAACACAAGCACCGCAGCAAGCACAAAAAGCAUAAACAUGCGUCUGAGGAGGAGAAGGAGCGCAAGCGUAAGCACAAACACAAACAUAAGAAGCACAGACGCAAAGAGGGGAUACCACCCUCUUUGGGAGCCGAUGAACGAAAGACUGAUGAUGCCUCCCCUUUGUCUGAGAACCCAAAUGUGGAUGACCGGGCUCUGCUAGAGGACUUGGAGAAGCAGAGAGCUUUAAUUAAAGCUGAGCUGGAUAGCCAGCUGAUGGAAGGUAAGGUUCAGUCAGGAAUGGGGCUAAUCCUGCAGGGUUAUAACUCAGGCUCUGAGGAGGAUGCUGAGGGACAGAGGCCCCGAAAUGGAGAACAGUGCCAGAAAGGCAGCGGGGAUAAAACAUUCCCACCAAGGGAUCGUAGUAGCAGGGGUGGCAAAGCUAGACAGGACUCGCCAGAUAAUAAAUCCAGCACAAAGCGCCACAGUCGCUCUAGAGAGAGAGACAGAGCAGCACGGGAGAGCAGAGGCAGUCGGCUGAGUAAUAGUGGGAAAGAGAUAGCCAAGGAGUGCAGCAGAUCCAAAGAGAAGAGGUGUUCACAGAGCCAGAAUCAAUCUCGUGAGAGAGUAAAGAAAUCACAGUCUCCAUCCAGCAAGAUGCGCUCAACAGAAAGAAAAACAGAGCAAAAGAGGUGCUUAUCGGAGGGAAAGGAGGCUCGAACAGAAAGACACGCUUCUCCCCAUGAAGAAGAAAGAAGGGCUAUUCAGGAGCAGGGCAGUCAGAGAUCAGGUUCACCAGCACACUCGCACAAUCAGAGGUCUCAUUCCAAAGAUGGCCACUCUGAGGCAGACAGGGACAAGAGGCCUGGCAAAUCGCCUUCCAAGGAUGCCUCAUCAGGAAAGGAGAACCGCUCGCCAUGCCACAGGCGGGCAUCAAGUCCACGGCGGUGCCGUAGUUCCUCCACCCACCAGAGAGAGCGCCAGUCCCAUCAGACAGCUUCAUCCGGAUCGAAACAGAGCUACUCUCCUUCCAGGAACAGGUCCCCUGCAAGGAGGGGCCGCAGUCGCUCGGCUGAUCACAGAAGAGACUCGCCAUCACGGAAGCGCUCCCGUGUAGAUGGGACUGGAAGGUCAUAUGAGAUUAGCCCUGCACGACAAAGGGUCAGCCGUUCACCACUCAGACGAAGGUCUCUGUCCCCGCGGCGACAGUCACGUCCCUCACCAAGAAGGCGGAGUCGAUCUCCUUUUAGACGAAGGUCUGGAGAGAGGGAUAGAUUUGGCCACACCAGAGGUCGUCGUUCCACAUCCAGAGAACGCGAGCGCAGGAGAAGGCGGAGCCGAGAUGAGGACAAGUACAAGGGAAGUCUGUCAGAGGGCAUGAAGGUGGAUCAAGAUUCCUCCUCGGACGACGUGAUGGAAGAUUUUGAUGCUGAAGAGGAGGAUGAGGAGGCUCUGAUUGAAAAGCGACGGCAGCAGCGACUGGCUAUAAUGCAGAAAUACAGGACAGUAAAUGAGGACAGCAACAUGGGCUCAAUGGCAUCAGAGCCAAGCAGUCCACAGAGUAGCACACGCAGUCGCUCUGCCUCACCGGACGACAUCCUGGAGCGUGCUGCUGCUGAUGUUAAGCAGUAUGAGCGUGAAAAUGUGAACACCUUCGAGGCCAGUGUGAAGGCCAAGCACAACCUCAUUGCCCAGGAGAAAGAGGGAGCCAACACGAAGAAACCCUCUGCCCCCGACAUGUUUACAGAGUCGGACGACAUGUUUGCUGCAGAUUUUGAUAGUGCCAGGCUCAGGGCUGUCGGAGUUGGUAAAGACUUUAAGGAAAAUCCAAAUCUCAGAGACAACUGGACUGAUGCUGAAGGAUACUAUCGUGUGAACAUUGGUGAGAUGCUGGAUAAGCGCUAUGAUGUCUAUGGCUACACAGGGCAGGGUGUAUUCAGCAAUGUCGUUCGAGCCAGAGACACUGCCCGUGCUGGCCAGGAGGUGGCAGUCAAGAUCAUCCGCAACAACGAGCUCAUGCAAAAGACAGGGCUGAAGGAGUUGGAGUUUCUGAAGAAGCUUAAUGAUGCCGAUUCAGAUGAUAAAUUCCAUUGCUUGCGCCUCUUCAGACAUUUUUACCACAAACAGCACUUAUGUCUGGUGUUUGAGCCUCUAAGUAUGAAUCUUCGUGAAGUCUUGAAGAAGUAUGGUAAAGAUGUAGGUCUUCACAUUAAGGCUGUUCGUUCCUACAGCCAGCAGCUCUUUCUGGCCUUAAAGCUUCUGAAGCGCUGUAAUAUUCUACAUGCUGACAUCAAACCUGACAACAUACUGGUGAAUGAAUCAAAGACCAUCCUCAAACUGUGUGAUUUUGGUUCAGCCUCCCAUGUGGCUGAUAAUGACAUUACGCCUUACCUGGUCAGCAGGUUCUACAGAGCUCCUGAGAUCAUCAUUGGGAAGCCAUAUGAUUACGGAAUUGAUAUGUGGUCAGUAGGUUGCACUCUGUAUGAGCUUUAUACAGGAAGGAUCUUGUUUCCUGGCUCCUCCAACAACCACAUGAUCAAACUGGCCAUGGACCUUAAAGGAAAGAUGCCCAACAAGAUGAUUCGGAAAGGUUUGUUUAAAGAUCAACACUUUGACCAGAACCUAAACUUUUUGUACAUUGAAGUGGACAAAGUGACUGAAAGGGAGAAAGUGACAAUGAUGAGCACUAUUAACCCCACUAAAGACCUGCUGGCGGACCUGGUUGGCGGCCAGAGACUCCCAGAAGAGCAGAGAAAGAAAGUGAUGCAGCUGAAGGAUCUGCUCGAUGGCACUCUGAUGUUGGACCCUGCCAAGCGCAUCAGUAUAAAUCAAGCCCUGCAACAUCCAUUCAUUCAGGACAAGAUUUGACCUUUUUCCUGUUUCACGUCUGACUUCUGGCCUUCCACUGGACGUGCAAUGGCCUGCCAGCUCUUUUGGAUAUCUACCAACCUAUAAAAGUUUAGUUCUGAUCCCAUUUUAAUUUUCCUGUUUUGUUAAUCGAGUGUAAAAGGAUGGUUAGUUAUGCUGGAUAUGUUAAAUGGGUGGAGCUGAGCUCUUAAGGAAGCAGAUCAACAGAUAGAGGGUUCGUAACCACAGCACUGGAGAUGGAUUGAAUCAACAGACUAUCUUAAUGUUUGGAACCAUUGGGUAUAUAUAUUUUUUUUUUUUCUUUUUGUUUUAUAAGCAUUUCUUGUUUUGCUCAUUACAUUCUUUGAUCUUUUUUUUUUUUUUUUUUUUUAUUGUAAAUAAUCCAUAUGUAAUUACAUGCUGUUCACAUUAGACUGAGGUUUUUUUCUGCAAUUGGUUUUGAUCUAUCAUCCUAUUUAAACUGUGGAUGUUGUCUGCAAAAAAAACAUGGUGGGAACACCAGUAAGGCCUGGUUUAAACAUGAUGUUCGAAUAUGCAUGCACAUGUGCAAGCAGUGUGAAACAUGAAACCGGCAUUGUUUGCAUAAUUGCCUGGAAGAUUAAAAUCACUAGAUAACAUGCCAUAGAUGAAAUAUCGUAGUCUGAUAGGGUUUUAUAUUAACCGGUGCAAUGUUAAGCGAUUUCAGCUUUUCUCUGACACAUUUGUCACUGAGCAGCAGCAAGAUAUCAAACACAAGGACGACCACCAUUAGCUUCUCUUUAAGGCUUUCUACUGUUGUCCCACAUCUUGCAUCAAAAACUGACUUUACAUUCAAAAGUAUUAACUAAUCUAGAAUAGUCACAUUCAUAUACAAAACACUGGUAGGUUUGAAAGCUACAAGAGGUUACUAACAUCCAGUGGAAUCUGAUUAGAUAACACAAAAACCAACUACAAUAAGUAUGCAAUUAAGCUGUAGUUUGUUUAUUCUGCUGAAGACAUAGCAUCACAGCACUAUGUUGUGACUGUUUACAUUUCUAUUGCAUCACGUAGAAUUGUCACAGAGGACAAAAAUACCCAAAUUCUGUACUACAGGUUGCUGCUGUUCUAGUCCAGAAUUCCCUUUUAGUGAUCAAAUUUCGUUUAAAGGCUUUGUUGAGCAGUCUUUAAACAGCAGUUUUAAUUAAGCUGUUAGCUCACAGAACAUACCUCACAGUAUGCUUUUCAUGUUGGUUGGUUAUCACUAGUGUAGAUUCUGUGGGUAAUCUGUAUCAGCAACAUCGGCAAAAUAUUAUUUAGGGUGGCUAUAGGUGGAAUAUCAAAAGCUCCUUUACACAGUUCAAACCUUUCUCUUUUUUUUUUGUCUUAAAUUCAGAAUAUUAUUUAUUCAGUACCUCUAUUCCAGUGGUACUGCUGAGAAGACUGAGAGAGAGUAACAGAAACCUAUAUUUCUUGCUGAUUAGGGCUGGGCGACAGUGCCAUUCUAGACAUUUCUUUGUGGCACAAUAUAUCAUAUUAAAGUAUACUAACAAAAUGCUAGUGCAACAUUUAAAAGCCCUUCAAAAGGCUUUAUUAUACUUUUAACAGCUACAAAGAUAGAUUAAAGAAUAACUUUUUAACAUUGAAUCAAAAACUGUACUAUUUCUAAUAAAUGACAGCAUAAUAUUAAUAUUGUCAUAUUGCCCAGCCCUUUUCUGGUUCUUAUGAUGUGCAUUUCAGUUUCAGGACAGUUUUGUAUACAAGAAUCUCCCCACACAAUACGAGUCUCUUUGAGGUGCCUUAACUGGCAUCUAAAACUUGGCAUGUUGAUGCAGUUUUUACAUCAUUGUCUGAUGCAUUCUGAGAAGCUGUUCUUGAGGUGUACAAAAACACAUUUUCUGAAUAACCACCAUUCAACCAA